AAAUCUAAAGAUUAAUUCAAGCAAACAAGUCAAGCGAUCAUCGCUUUGAGCAAAUAAAUGAAUGACGGCAUCAUAUGGGACACGAAGGCGUAGAUAGCAAACAACGAGGCCGUAGACUGUCAAACUUAGUCACUUUUCAAGCAAAUUCCAGCAUCAUUCAUCAAUCGGAAAAAGAUGCGCAGCACUAAGUAAACUGCAUUUGAAUAUCUUGUUUUAUCAAAUUGGAAAUGUGACCAUAUAACUCGACAAGGGCACCGCGGUUGGCUUUUCGUUAAUAAUCUUAGCAAAAUCUUUUACAAAAUUGCAUCAAGAGCGGGCAGGUCGAGAUUCGUGAGCCUCGGAGCAAGCAUGACCACAGGUGAUUGUAGACAAAUUUUUCGAGUUUAAUCUAUAGACGACAGAUUUUCCCAACAUACUGCGUCACGUCGAUAUCUCUGUGAUUCAGUCCUUCCGCGAUUCUGAAGAGUUAAACAGUAAAACCGUCGUAGAGUUCGUUCGUAUCGACGAAGAGAAGGAUGUGUGUAUAGCCUUGAAAGUCUUAGCGCUGCGUCAAUGCCGGGUAGAACUUUUUUUGAAGUUGAUAAUUGGUGGAAGAAUCUUGGCCACUGUAGACCAUCUUGUGGGAUCACAAGUACAGCAUCAAUUGCUGGGAAAUGGUUUGAUAGCAGAAUGUACUGCAUCAAUUUAUCUUGGAUUUCGGAUGACGCUUUAAAGGCCUCGAACGCUGCAUUUAGUGGACCAUGUUGCGUCAUGGUCCCGACACUUUUUCCUUCAAGGUCUUUCAUUCAAAAUUUGCUGACAGCAAGUUCAUGCAGCAGUUUAUAUGGCAUUUUUCUGCCUCGCCACGACUGCUAAAUCAAGGCUUAAGUCCGCAUCAAAACGUGAAUUUUGUCGGAGAAAGUAUAUAUAAAAUACGCUUUUGGAAUCGUCCCGACAGCAAAAGAUGAAAAAACUGGGUUAGCACGGCUGGGCGUGUUCUUGUCUCGAUACAAAUGAAACGAAUUGUAAUCCUUUAGGAUCAUCGAUUCCGCUCUGCUCGCGAAGCCGAUUAUCGUACUUAAUCUCUUUGAGAUUUCUACAGGUGCUUGCUAUGACACAUUGUACCAAGUAAUCAGACUCAUGACCUGAUUAAAACAUAAUUUUUGGUUUGCCCCUAACCAGAUUGAAUUUUCGUAACCACACGCCUUUGUCAUUCAAGUUAAUCGCAUCGACGAAUAUUCCGCACUCAACCUUGGUCCAUCAUGGAUUCAUAUAUACCUCAAAGCAAAGUGACCUGGCAAACCCGUUUUUAAAUUUGAUGGCAUAAAUCGGCGAACAAAAACGCGCGGUCAAAUUUACGAAGCCACGAUGCUUCACCGAUUCCCUUUUCAUCAAACAAUCCAUACGGCAUAUAUGUGCAAAGAUGCCCCAAGUAAAGUCGAUCAGUUUAUCAUUAAGACAACGGUAAGCCACAUUCGUUCGCUCCGCCAAGAACAUCAGUAGCAAGAACACCCCAAACACCAACUUAUCGAUCCCAGAAUAACCAACAACAAGAAAUCAUCGGAGCAAUCGAUUUGAUAUCAACUGUUGCUGAUGAUAUCAUAGAGGUCCCAAUACUCCUGCAAGCCUUAGGUUACUGUUAUAGUGAAAAAUCUCUUUGGAAUACUUUUCCAACCAUUUGUUCCAUGCCAUUGUCAAAUUGCAGCUCACGUCAAUCGAGCCUUUCACUUCGCUGUUUUUUCAUACGUCCGAAAGCUUUGGUUCCAAAACAUUUUUUGAGUUGACGCUUCUUCGGCACCAGCACGAUGAGCGCAUUUUCUUCGAGCUACCAAAGGUACCAAUCGGCACAUAUUCUUCUAGAGUCUUCUCCUUACGCCUUUAUGUCCGCGAAAAAUUAUUAGACGAUUCGAUGCAACAUGGGCAAGAGUUGCACUUCCUCGAGACUGAGUGCGAUCGAAUUUCGCAUGAAAGUUAUAGCUUGAACAUCAUCACUUGCUGACA